CUUACUACCAUGACAUUGAAACUCCUUCACUGGUCGACUCUCUCUCCUCAAGGUCCCAGUGGCCUCUCUGCCAUUCGGUUUUCUGUGCCUAUACGCGUUUCUGUCAUACGUAUAUUCCCAUCUGGAGUUCAACCCUUUGAUCUCUGUCCAGAUGUGAUCGCGAAAACGGAACCAGAAACUUUCUAUCUCGAUGUUUUCUUCAAUGCACAGCCAUUAAAACCCGCAGAGUCGAAGGAGAAGCAGAGAGCACCUAACGCACUGGUUCCAACCUCUAUCGCGUACGCAGGCGGACAAGCCAAUUUUACGGUGGAUUUAGGGACUGAAUAUGCGACUCGUCUCAUGAUAGUCAAGGGAAAUUUCGAUUUUGUUUCUUUGGCCAUCUAUGGUGAAAUAGCGGAUGCGCAAUCUCCUCCCGAGAAUUCAACGCAGAUACCCUCAAUUCCGAUACCCCAACUUCAGCCAGCGCCUCUAUCUCGCUCGUUAGACAUAGCAAAUGCAAGGGAUCCCACACAACUUGCGAGCCAAUUAUUGUCACUCACAGCCGACCCGCCUUCUCUCUCCCUGGCUUCCCGUUUGAUCCUGUGCAUGAAACCUGAAGUUGAUGACUGGGAUGACCCUGAUUUCCCUCAUAUAUAUGCAGACAUCGAAAGAGAACUCUCAUCGGACGCUCUGUCUCUCGAGAGCGCCGUAGACUGUUUAUCCCGACCUAUCGCCGAGGACACGUCAAAAGAGCUCAUGGCCAGAUUCUGGAUGGCAGUAGCCAGCGACAUUGAGUUGCAGAAUUCGAUGCGCCAGUCAUCCCUGAUCUCCAAGUUAUUCAAAUUUUCCGCUUCACAACACCCUUCAUUCGCGCUGGAACUUUGCUUACAAGUUGAUCCAGUUGUGGUGUUCGACCAGAACACCUUGGAUUCGGAUUCUCUACUUGACCUUUUGGAUGCCGCCGCGAAUGCAGAUAUAGCCCGACACUUUAAUACUCUAAACUUCUUGGACAUCCUUCAAGGAAUACAGGAGAGUCCGGCUCAUGAGACAAACGCUCAAAAAAUAGCGUUGCGACUUUCUUCACGCAUCAAAGCUUGGGAAACCUUUGAAGACUCCUUGACAAAUACCCAAGCUGAUUUUGAGGUUGCGAUAGCAAUGCUCAAAGACAUCGGCUCUGAGGAACAGUCGGUCGGCGUAUGGCUGGCGUCCAUGACAUUACAUGACGACUUGGUCACAAAACUGUCGGAGAACCCUUCCAAUCUUCAACGCUACCCAAAACUAUUCGACAAGAGUUCAUCGUCCAGCGUCUCUCACGACGACUUUAUUGCGUUCGUAAGAGGUUAUGUUGGCAUUGCGAGUGUUUUUGCAGUGUGGGGAUGGGCCGAUAGCCUGGGGAAUGACCCUUGUCGCGAGCGCAUUUUGGCAGUGUUACAUCUUUGGCAACAGGUGGAUGGGUACCGUGAGCUCGUCAAUUUCUUUCUUCUUCUCCGACAAUUUUCUUUGCGUUUGAAGUGGAUAGCUUCAGACAACGAGGUGCCACGAAAGUCGGGGAUUUUUGGCGAACAGAUGCUGGCUGACCUCGUCAAAGACCCUCUCACUGUGUUGAACGAAGAGGUGCACCAAACCAUCAUAAGUCUUGAAGAGCCCCUGUUAUUCAUUUCGGAGGCGGAAUUGCUGUCGAUGCGCAAACUAGCUUAUGUAGCAGAAGACGGUCUUCCCGCGGCCGUUGAGGAGAUUUUCUUCGACAGUGGUCGUCCCUUGUCCCUUCGUCGACUGCGAACCCUUCGAUUAUCUUUGGCAAUGAUACAUCGAGAAUUUCAGGACGAAGACCGCGGAGAAUGGCGGGUCGUGGAAACGGUCCGAGACGAUUACUCUUUGCCCCUUCUCCCUCGGCUAGUCCAGCUAUUGAAGGACAUAUCGUCUGAUUUGAACGAACAUUUUAUUGUUUCCCAAUAUCCUCCUGCCCCCUUGGAUCCAACAUUAGCCGAAAAUCUCUUUCGAACUGUUGAGGAACUGCUCAGUUUGACAACCCGGCUCGCGUCCCGCUUCACACUAUCAACUGUCGCAGUGCGGGCACUUACUUGUAGUGUAGCAGAUAUCUUUGCUUGCACUGAUGCAGCUGAGACAAUGUUUUAUCCCAGCAGUGCACCCUUCACGUCAGCCGAAGCUACUAGACAGGUGUGCCUGAAUACUAUGCAGGAAAUGUGUAUGAUCGACUUUCGGGUCGAACCUAACACUCUAGGUGCUGAAGUGGUCCUCCGUUCACUCUUGACUAAUGCUGUCGCGAACCAUCAGCGAGAUCCCGUUUACCACCUGCAACAGGUUUUCUCCCUCGUUAAUCACAUUCUCCCUGACCCAUCGGAUGAAUCACAUUCUGAAUGGUUGGUUUCUGUCUUACCCCCUAUCCAGACAGAGACUUUAGGCUUCUUCCGCCUGCUUGAUCUUGAGCACAAGGUCCCUUUCAUGAAGCGGCUCGUAGAAUUGGAUAUAGAGUGCCUCGUUGGAUUCGCUGAGUGGUUACUUAUCGAGGAGCUUAAAGACCUGUCAGCCGCAUUAAACGAGUUGUCAACAGUCAUGGAUAAUACAAUGAUACAGUCGACCAUUGGAUACCAAGUGAACCAACAUCUCCAGUUCCUCCAGCACCUUCUGAGACCGAAAACGGACGCGUUAUCUACUUGGUGUAUCGAUUUAUUAUCCCCAUCAUCCACUACACCAGAUGUACCUCAGGCGUUAUCGCUUUGUUUGUUGGACGCACUGGACACGCGAGUCGUUUCGACUCACUUGGAGAAUUUGGUCCAGCAGCUGCUCAACCAAUCCAGCACGUUCGACUCGAGCAUGAAGUAUGCCACUCUUUUGGCUGGGUUGAGGAUGUCACAUCGGGACGUGGAUCUGGUUCAGUGGGACAAUUUGGCGACGCUCUUUCAGAGUCUUUCGUCACCACCAGUCAGAGAGGCGGGCAUGUUGCGACGAGAGAUCGGACAAACGUUUUCCGCAAUCUCGAAGCCUGGCAUCCCAUUAUCAGUCGAUUCAGCCAACGCAAUCGUCAUCAUAAUGGAAUGGCUGGUUUCCCAGGGAGACAAGUUCACGCAACUUUGUGGCUUCAAGGUCGACGAAAUGAUGAUCUUGCAUGAGAAGUUGAUGGCUUGUCUUCCAUCCCAAGCCGAAAAGCUUUCUGAGUUGCGACCGAGGCUCUCGAUGGACGAAGACGAGUUAUUACCUGGUCCCGACAACAUCCUGACCGAUAACCUGGAGAUGUCAAUCUACGAAUUGGAGUCGCUACUCGAACGAGGGAGUGGAGGCGAACGACCAUCUACUCCAGCCCGCAAUAACAUUCCCGAUGUCCUUGGCCUGGUAUUUUCACCUCCAACGGCAGUGUUGCGCUCCCCAGCAACCACCGGUCUCACCAAAACAUACCUCAAUAACGAUUUCAGAGAACUUCGGCAAACUCCCACUGCGAGACAAAACACGAGUCGGCUUCCUAGUACACAUGUGGACGUAGGUAUUACUGGUCAGUUGACCUAAGCUUGCUACUGAUUUCUUCUCUAUUUUCCCCCUUCUCUUCUUGUUGGGCCCGGAAAAAUCAACAAUAGGAUUUCGAGGAUCCCAACGCAUCCCCGACGUUGGUCCCGAUCUCAUAUGCCUUCCAGCCACUGCCCUCGGUGUUCCAUACAAUGACACAAUAAUUAAAAGAGAAUUCCAAGAAAGAUAGUGGUA